GGGGGAACGAUUCAUCCCGGAGAGGCAGCUAUUUUUGGUGCAGUUUGAAAAUCGAUGGGGGCUAUUUAUUUCCUGUUCAUAUCGAGGUGAUCUCUCUCGGAUGUGAUGCCGGAGCUUUGCUUCUCCACACCGUGUCUUCUCGUCGCUGACAGGACGAGGUCCUAGCAGUAGGAUUGCAGGAGGGUUGGAGAGCACAUGAUCGGAUUUUUUUUUUCUUCUUCUUUUCAUCCUGAGUGGUCACACGGAGUGGCCCGGCUCCUGUCAUCGCCGCUGGGGGGUGCAAACAGCGAGCGAUCAGCUGUUUUUCUGUGGGAUGCUUCAGAAUUUGCGGCCUGCUCGGGUCUCCAGUUACCGCAAUGCCACUGGCGAGAGGAGGGGAGAGGUGGAAGGUAGAAGAUGGAGAGCGGAGGGAGCAGCAGAAAAGCAAAUGAGUGAAACAAUAAUGUGAAGAGUGCAAAGAAGAAAGAAAGAAAGAAACCCUGUUGUAUGUGAUUGUGAUAUAAUCAGAGAGAGACUGAGUAGGAGGACGAUAAAGUGUGUACAGUGGAUAUAGGCUGUGGGCUGUAACGGCCUGUGAGCUGCAUGAGGUGAAAGAGACACUGUAUUGACUCGAGCAACCUUAGCAUCACGGCUGAAACGUCAGGUGAGGCGAGUAAGGUGGCUGCAAGUGUGUAGCGGCUGCUCCUUUCUCAACUUUCUGCUGACAGAGUUCUUGGACUCAGUGACUGGACUGUAGUGCCCACACCAUGGGGCAUUGCGCAGCACCUAUGGCACCUGCCAGUGGAGAGCUUGGUGCAUAAUCGUGACAGAGUGGAGCCCUGAAGCCAGCAUUUAUACCUCUCCCUCUACUAGACUGAACUUUGUCUUACGAAACCACAGUGAAGCUUGUAGCCCUCUGUCGUCCUCCUCCACCCACGGAUGAGCCGAUCAUGCCCUCGCCAUCAGACUCCAGCAGCGUGGCCUCGGCCUCGGGGUCUCGGGGGUGGUCGGACAGCCGUAGGGGCAUGUCGGGUCGGGGGCCCGGUGGCGCACGGCUGCUCCUCUACCUGGGACUGUGCCACCUGGGCCUAGGGGCCAUGGUCCUGGCCUUCUCCUUCACCAGCAUGGCCUUCACCUCCUCAGCCCGAGUGAGACAGUCCUGUCCGUUUUGGGCUGGUUUCUUUGUGGUGGCCUCAGGAAUAGUUGGAAUAAUCUCAUGGAGGAGACCGUUGACACUGGUGGUGUCACUGUUCAUGCUGCUGUCUGCAGUGUGUGUGAUCCUCAGCCUGGCCGGCUCCAUGCUCUCCUGUCAGAACGCACAGAUGGUCAAGUCGAUGCUCACCUGCCAGGUGGAGAAUGGUCUGUGUGUGUGUUGUGCGCCCACUCAGUCCUGCUCCAUCACAGAGGAGGAGACCCUGGUGCUGUACCUGAACGCUGACUGCCACUCAGUCCGGCAUCGCCUGAAGGACCUCCUGUUCAGUGCUUGCGGUCUCAGCAUUCUCUCCACCAUCAUCUGCACCUUGUCCACUGUGACCUGCAGUAUUCACAUAUUCUCCCUGGACCUCGUGCACCUGCUGGCUCCUCAUCGCUCUCGUUCAGUCAACCCAGAAUGCACCACUCCUCAGGACGCCUUCCUGACCAACAUCAUGGACUUUGAGGAGUUUGUCCCACCCAUCCCUCCGCCUCCCUACUAUCCUCCUGAGUACACCUGCAGCUCUGAGACAGACGCUCAGAGCAUCACCUAUAAUGGCUCCAUGGAGAGCCCUGUACCCCUGUACCCCACUGAUUGCCCCCCUCCAUACGAAGCUGUGAUGGGACAGAGAGCCGCCAGCCAGGCAACAAUGUUCGACCCUCAGGGCACUGAGCUGUCUGGAGAGAGAGGAACUUCUACUGCAUUCAGUGGAGAAGUGUCCAUGGACAGUGGAUCUCUGCUGAUGUCGGAGAUUGUGGACAUCCCUGAUGAUUCGUCUCCAUCAGAGGACUCAUAUCUGAUGGAUGCUGGGCCAAGGCACCAGGGGGAGAGAGGAAACAGGUCCACUGGUGGUGAGGGGGGAGACGGGGGCGACGCAGGGGAGUAUAUCAGCUUCCGUGGUCCUCCUUCUCAAACAGCGGAGAGUCCUCUGGCAGGAGGACCGAGAGCGAGACGCUUCCUCCGAGGAGAGAGGUCCAACUCCUGCUCCUCUCCCAGCACAGCCUCCCCCACAUACAGGUCUCCAGUUUUGCGUCGCCAGGCCAUGCUGGCCAGCAGCUGUUCCCAGCUGGAAGCAAUAGGGGGCUCUGCCUCUCAACAGCAGUCCUCCAACCCAGAGAUUCAACUUCAGCUGCCACAGGGAGCUGCUGCCACCUCCUCUCUUCCCCUCACUUCAUCCUCCUCAGCCACCAGCGAGCAGGCCGGAGGUCAGGGGCAGGGGCAGCUCCUCCCACGUCAACCGUUGUACCUUCGGCGAAGGGCGGGGAAGAGUGAGAAGGAUGGAGAGAGUGUGAGGAGGGAUAGUGAACGGCUGCCGCACCUGGUGAGGUCACACAGUGAGCCCGGGCUCGGCUCCUCCACUGACACAGUUGACUUUGGCACUGGAGGAAGCAAAGUCUCUAUAGAUACGGGUCCGUCCUCGGAGGCGUGUCUGCUGCCGCCCACUUCUUUUCCUCCUGCUGCAGCUUUGCCCUUGAAAAGCAGCGUAAAAUCUGCAACCACAGGGGUGCAGGUCCCCGCCAAACCUCCACCCACAUCCCCACUGCGUUUACCUAAAGACUGCCACCGUUCCCUCGGAGACCUUAAGGUGACACGAGUUCUAGUGGCUCGUUUCCUGCAACGCUCCAAACGCAACCUAGCUCCCUCCUCUGAGCAUGCUGGGAGCACAGGGCAGGGGCCCAAGAGGCGGGGUGGAGCCGAGGGAGUGGCCAACCAUCUAUCCCUAGAACAAAUGUUGCGGAGCCCUUGGAGCAACAGCCGAGGACAACCCAACCAUCAGGCUCACCAUCCCCCUCAACACCGCGGACACCACCACUCCCACAGUGACAGUCGACACAACCGGCACUACAGCGGCCGGGUGCCAGAGGGGAUCCACCUGCGCAGCUGUGGAGAUUUGAGCUCCUCGUCCUCAGCGUCACUACAUCGAUUGCUGACGCCUUAUCCGCCGCAUGGGUCAUCGGGAGCUCUCUACUCUGAGUCUGCGCUGUGAGGAUGGGAGAAUGGUGAAGGAGGGAUCGGGGGGGUUAAACAGGAGGCGUAGAAAACUGAAGGGUUGUUAGGAAAGAAGGCAAAUUGAAGAAGUCCUCCAUCCUUUUUCUUCCUGUCACUUCCGAUUCCUGAAGUCAUCUGUGCAAAUGGCCUUGUUUAGUGGUGCUCUUCAAUCCCCUCAGAGCAGCAACACAGAGCUGACACGUUCUUCACUGUUUAACAUCAGUGAAACUGUUAUUUGAUGCUUGUUUUUAGCUACUGUGGUCAAAACAAACCCAUUAAUGGCUGAGACCAACCAACAAGGAGCAUCUUCACUUCCUCCCUCUCAAUAGUCCUCUGGAACACUGGAGAUCAAACUCAACAUUAAUGCUACUGCAACCCCUCGCUCACAUGUACAUUCAGUCUAUAACUGCGUCAAUAUGCGACAUGCGUCU